AUGUCAUCCGUGUCUUCGCCCCGGGGGGGACGCUGGGGGGGGUGGGUGAGGCGAAGAGACGAAUGACAUUUCAGACUAAUUUCCAGGGUAACUGUAGGCUUCUACUCUGUAGGUUCCAAUUAUGCACUGGUGGUCUGGGGAUAUUUCCGUACGCGAGGGAAUAGAAACCAAUCUGCGCUCUACGUUAUCUCAACCUAAUAAUUUUAGUUUGUACACUGUGUUCGUCUUGUGGAUGUGGGCUUUUAAGGAAAACAUUUUUGUCACAUAUUGUUUUGUUACAAAAUACUAACUAUACUUUCCGGAAAAUGAUGAAAAUUUAAUAAGCGCCCAGCUUCGAAAAAGCGCCCACCUCGAAAAAGCACCCACUCCCAAGGUCCAAAAAUUUAAUAAGCGCCCAGGGCGGUUAAUUGAAUAAAUACGGUAGACAGUCAAAAAACGAAUCAAUUGAUCCGUAAGUUGAGUAUGUUGAUCAUGACAUGAAUCCUGCGACAAACGUAGAAGCUUACAGAUAAGGACUUGCACAAAAGUUGAAAAAGAGGUAGAUUGAGUUUACAAUUAUAGUACUGAUUGUACUACGGCGGGAACACAUCAGUUGCCAUCUUUUUGGUCUUUGUUAGAUUAAGAGAAAGUACCUUUUCAAAUUCCCCCCUCGUGAUUAGAAAGGAUUUAGUGCUGUUUGGACUGAAAUAUCGCCACAUGUAAGGGAAUCCAAGAGAGUUCUGGAAUCCAAGGCGUGGAUUCCGGAUUCUGUGCCAUUGGAACUUGGUUUCCGGCACCGGAUUCCAAUCGUUAGAUGGAUUUCGGAUUCUUUGAAGUAUAUAAUCCGGAUUCCAAGGCCCAGGAUACGAGAUUUCUUAAGCAAAACCUCCCGGAUACAAUUGACGAGAAAUAUUAAAAAAUUCUUUCCACAUGCAGUUGAUUAUUUUAAAUUCAUUGUUUAAAUAACUAUUAAACAGAAGCUUUUUAUGUUUCAACGACCUUUACCCGUGCCAUCCAGACUAGUUUUUAUUGUGGGCAUCAUUCCACGUGUACUGUCAGUGCUAAUUAUUGUGAUGACGUCAUGAUUUCCGGUUUACUUUCAUUACAGAUCGAAAGCGAAAGCCACUUCCCUGGCUGUUCCCCUGUUUUCGAAUAGUCUUCUCGAGUCUGCAGAGCUGAUCUUUUCUGGUAUAGAACGUCAAGAGUACAGAUUUUCAUCUCUGAGUUUGUUUUACGCACUUAGCCGAGGGUAAGGCAACCACUUGUUGAAUAGUUGUCAGUGUAGCUGAAUAUGACAUUUUAACUUCAGAGAACACUUUGUUUUCCUCCUAUAGACAAUCAUGUUGGAAAUCUUUGUAAGGGAAAAACUCCGCUGUUUACCCAGAUAAAUCAGUAUUUUGCAGUCAGGAUCGAUUCUGAUCAAGUAAGUAUCCCCUCGUCCCUGGUGUAUGACAUGUUCUUAAGUAUGCAUCAGGAGCCGAUUUUAAUGUUUAUUUCCUAAUUACCACUUGGACUGGGCAGUUCUACUCACCGCUAGUAUAACCGGCGUAUACUAGAAAUACGUGAAUUACAGAACCUCGAGCAGCAUUAAGGCUACAUGUAAGGAUUAUAUAGCGCCAAUUUUCAUCCUUUCUGAGCAAAGGUUUUGAAGAUUGGCUCAUGUUAAAUAUAUAGUUAUUAUUGAGCGGUUUCUAUCGUUAAAACCCAGCAGCUUUUUGCUGCUUUUACUUAGAGUUAUUAUCGUUUGCUUUGAAGAGAAGAGAUAUGAUCUGUUGGCACUCAAGAGCUUAAAAUCAGUUAACUUUGAUAAAAGAGCAAUGAACUGGAGUGAUCGGCGCAGGAUCGGCGUUUUGUUGUAAUAUUGAAAAUUUGAGAUUUUUAUUGUUUCCAUGGUAAUGUGUUGAUGACGGGAAAACCACAGAACAUUCCCGAAUCCCAUUCAGUAAAUCACUUUGCUCAAAUACCCAUCACUUUCCCCUGGGUGCCAGAGGGAUUUUUGUCUUAUCUAUUCUUGAUUGUUUGCAAUGAAGCGGGAGAGAAAGACUUCCGGAGCCAGGGUACAGUCACUUUGCCCCUUUACGCCAAUCCCAUAUUUUCUAAAGGAAAGAGCCCUAAGAACGAGGCUGGGUAUAUAAAACGGAAAAAUUACUACCUUUUGAGAUUAAUCUGACCAAAUUUAUUGCAAACUGCUUCUUCAAAUACCGUCAAAUUCCGAGAGUACGUGUAAUGUACCUCUCGGCGUCCAUUUUAACGGGUUUUUCUUAUUCUUUUCGUUUUCACUGUCACGCAAUAAACACGGCGCAAAAAAAUAAAUUGGAAACCGUCCAGUGGAAGAAGCCAAGAAAAUCGAAUGUUAUAAAAGACUAAUAUAUAAACAAUUUGUCCAAAUAUCAGGUCUUAUUGUGGCCCACAAUUUCCGAGUUAUUAGCCGAAACACAUUUCACGCACCUUUGUAUAUUGGUGGACAGUUUGGCCGCCGGAAAUCAACAAAAACAUCUGGAGUUCACUUUUUCUAUAAAAGCUCUUCCUUUUCACUCGAGAGCUAGCAUACGUGCGCAUAAACACAUCUUUUAAUACUUGAAAUGGUUAACUGCUGAAAAUCAAGGGGAGAGACUUUUUUCAAUUGGACAGCAUAUUCGUAUUUUGGUGUCACGCACUGUGAAAACUCGGAAGUUCAAAUUGCUGUAUUUUCGAAAUGAAACAUGCUUCGGCGCUGGAAACUUGUACAAAGAUUUAUUUUCUAUUUAUCUUCAACCUAGUGUAAAUAACAAUUCGUAAAACCUCGCUUUUUUGACUUUGCAAUCUGAUGACGUCACUGUGAAAACCAUCAAAAAAGGCAGCGGACUACUUCUAAUCUUCAAAAUUCGUUACGCCGUUAUGGUAACAGGAUUUCCUUUUCUCUCCGUUACAGAUGAAACAUUUUUAUUUAUCGAUGAUAUUCUUAUCACUGGUUAGAGGUUUUCCUUUGUUUUUUUUUUCUCCCAUUUUUAAGGGUGUUCGGGGGGUCAGCCUGUCAGAGGGGUGUUCCGUCUAAGGAUGUUCACUGUUCCCGGAGGGUUCCAAGCCUGAUCCUGGUUUUACAGACACCCGAUCUUUUCACUAUAUUUUCACAUUUCUUAACACUGUCUAAAAUUACUUGAAAAGAAAAGCUUUGGAAAUUGCUGUAUCUACCAAUAAAUGUUUUAUUUGUCCGAUAAUAGUUUUUUCUUUCACUAAACUGAGAUGAAAAGAUUAUUACCAUUUAUUUCAGGAAAACAAUAUGACAGAGUCUUCCGUUGUUAAACGUAACGCUGGUCUGAACUUUCUCAUGAAGCUUUGCCCAUAGUUGGAACCAGGUAUUCAAACAAUAUAAAAGAUCAUGAAUAGAACAAUAAACUAGUGAAGAGAAUUAAUUAAAAAUGUAAUAUACUAUUUCCAAAUUAUUGUAAUGUAGUGUUGUAAAAAUGACUAGUGUUAGUGUGUAAGUACGUUUCUCCUUUGUAGAUUGUUUAUUGUUCUGUCUUCUUAUGUUCUAUGGAUGUUAUCGGCCAUAAAUAAUUUUUUUUAAAACGUGGAUAAAGGCCGUUGUAAUCUGUUCUGUCUGCAGGACUCUCUCUCAUUGUUUUCUUUCCUUUUUUUGCUGACAGGUUUUACUGUAUAUAACUACCAUUGUAACUGUAACGUUUCUGUAUUUGCAGGACUAAGGAUAUUCUGCAAUGGAAUCAAAUUUAGACGAACAUCAAGAUGACAGCGGAUCUCGACCAUCCUCGAGUAGGUUGGGAGUUCUUUUCUUGGGCUCUGAAUGGGGUUCCAUUAAAGGGGGACUGUCCACCAUAAACAGAGAAUUAGCUAUAAAUGUUGCUAAGCACCCUGAGGUUGACGUCACUUUCUUCGUUCCUCGAUGCAACGAAAGAGACAAGGAGGCAGCUCUUGGUCACAAUAUCAAACUUGUUGAGGCAACAGAACUUAUCGGUAUGGAGGAGCUUCAAUGGCUUUGCUGUCCACCAUCUGAUUUACACAUUGACGUGGUCGUUGGUCAUGGAAUACCGCUUGGGCCCCAGGCAAACCUUAUAAGUAAAAUUUUCAAAUGCAAAUGGGUUCAAGUUGUUCAUACAAUUCCUGAGGAACUUGGAAUGUAUAAGGCAUACUUAAAUCCAGUAUCAAAUGCCCAAGAAAAGCACAAAACAGAACUUCAACUUUGUAAAGAGGCCGACUUUGUCGUCUCCAUUGGUCCUAAGUUAAACGAAGCUUUUCACUCUUACUUGGCAUCGUGUAACAAGGGUGAAAUGUUCCUCAACUUUACUCCUGGUAUAUUAAGCGAGUUUAGUGAAAUUGUGCAUGAUUCGGAAAGACCAACAACAAAAUUUCGAGUUCUUCUUUUAAGCCGUGGUGACGUAGAGGAUUUUUCAGUAAAAGGUCUUGACAUCGCAGCAAAAGCAGUCGCUGCAUUAAGUGACCUAAACGUUUCUCUUGUUUUCGUUGGUGCAAAAACGGAAGAGUUAGAGAAAGUCACGGAAAGGUUUCUCCAGUGUGGUAUCCAGGAAAAAUACUUAACUGUCAGGGGCUUUGUAGAAAACCGAGAAGAAUUAAAGCAAUUAUUUUCUGGAAUGGAUCUCGCUAUUAUGCCCUCACGAACAGAGGGGUUUGGACUGUCGGGUCUUGAGGCUCUAUCAGCUGGCCUACCUACAUUGGUUAGUGGAAACUCGGGCUUUGGAGAUGCUUUACGUGAAGUUUUCUUUGGAUCUCACUAUGUCGUUGAUUCAGAUAAAGAUCAAGAUUGGUCAAUUGCUAUCAAGAAACUUCGGAACAAACAGAAGAGUAAGAGACUUGAAGAGUCUAAAUUACUGCGAUCCUUGUACGCAAGUACCUACAGUUCGGAGGAACAAUGUAAAGAACUCAUUCUUAAGAUGACAACUGUGGUUCAAGGUAAGAAUUAAUGGUUUAAGUGAAAAUGUGAACGAUCUAGGUAUUAUUUUCAGUCUCUACCUAACAUCUUGGUUUAAAUACUACUUAUUAAGAACAUUUUCACCCUUGUAGAAUACGUGAGGCCUGAGCAAGGAUGCAAAAGCGUUCGUAACCUCAAACCUUUGUUUCGACUUCAGUCCUUUCCGUGUAGCUUUUGAAACUAGGUGUAGCUUAAAAUAACCGUGAAAGGGUGAACUGAUGUAGAAAUGGACCGGGGGUGGAAUGAGUGCAGUGCGGCAUUAUGUGUGAUAGUCAGACGGUAACCAUUUCUAGCGAGCGAAGUAAAAUAAAGACGGCUUACCAUUUGGCAUUUUCAAUUUCCGUUCCAAGUCUCACAGUAGACUCCAGUUUGAUUCGCACCGGACUGCAACUCAUAAAAAUAAGUCUCUUAAAAUAAGACUCUUAAAAAUAAGACUCUUAAUCUUGAAGGAUUGAGUUGCAUGUUACCAUAGUACCCCUAUAUGUAGAGGAUAUUACAUGGCCGCGUGUAGAUAAGAAAGUUCUCUUCGAGUGUUGAAAAAUAUUUCACGAGUGAGCGCAGCGAACGAAAUACCAAACCAUUUCACUUUAAUAUUUUUUGCUUUGAAAGGCGCGAUUUAUCAUGUAGCCAUAGCAAAGGUGAUAUUUCACGUGUGAAGAUAACAUGUUGUUUUCACAUGUGAAGAUAUCAUGUUUUCCCGCGAAAACUACGACCUGGUAUUUCAUAUAUACGGUAUAUGUUGUCAAUAUCAACAUGUUUCUGUUUGCUCUUGCUUACCAGAACUUUGUCGACUCGUAAAUGUGUAGUUCCAGAAAAUAUCCAUACCCCCCGCCCCGCCGCGGAGGGCCCCUUCCGAGGAGAGGGGAGGGGGUGUCCAAAAGGAGACAAUUUCCGAUAGGGGUGUUUUCCAGGGGCUCUGAGUAAGAUUGGUAAGUUACUAAUAAAAAACCAGCUUCUUUGUUGAGCAUGCUAUCAGUUAUAUUGUACUCGACCGGUGUUUCCACGCAAUGAGUGUUAUCGGCUGACGCGAUAGUUUUCUUUAAUGAACGUGUCAUCGCAUCAUGAAUAAACUUCCGGUUACGUAGCUGUUGCUCUAUUACGUAGUGAUUCACCGCCUGAUAUUGGUCGUUUGCCAAGCGUUCUUGUAACAUGUUCUAACUGAAUUGAAGUAAUGAAAGUUCGCUUGGUGUUUAUUUUCAGUGUAACUUGUUCUUUUGCAGAUGACAUUAUUCGUGUAGUCAGUAGUGUAAGGUAUUGCCUUUCCUUUAAAGUUAAUUAUUAGCUAAGAAUGUCUUGACACCGUAUUAACGUGAAUGAAAAGAUUUUUUCUCGUUAUAUUGCAGAAAAAAUUAUCUUUCACGAUACUCUUUCCAGAGGGUACCCAUUCAUGUUGAAAAAUUACGGAAAUUCCAGGAGUUAUUUGGAACUACACAAUGUGAAAAAUGUCUCUGUCGAAAGAAUUUUGACAAAGUGCAUUUCUUUUACCAAGCGCUGCUCUUUAUUCGUUCAUUUACGUUCUGUUCAUGGUUUUUAAAAUCUACACGUAAGGGACAACCACCGUUCAUUCGGCAACCAAGAAUUACAUCAGAUUAAGUUAAGCUGAUUUAAGACACGGGUUAAAAGGCAAUGGAUCUCAUACAUCGUGUUUGUGUGUAUUUACUUAGCAGAAAGAACCCAAGCUCUUCGUGGAACAGAUUUGGUUCGGCAAUUGAGGGUGAUGCAGGAAAGCGAAGAAAACUUACAAAAGCAGUUAAGGGAGAUGCAACAACGUGAAGAAAAUUUACAAAGGCAGUUAGCAGAGAUGCAACAACGAGAAGGAAAUUCACAAAUGCAGUUGAGAGAGAUGCAGCAACGAGAAGAAAAUUCACAAAGGCAGUUAAGAGAGAUACAGCAACGAGAAGAAAAUUCACAAAGGCAGUUAGUGGAGAUGCAACAACAUGAAGAAAAUUCACAAAAGCGGUUAAAGGAGAUGCAACAACGUGAAGAAAAUUCACAAAGGCAGUUAGUGGAGAUGAAGGAACGUGAAGAAAAUUCACAAAGGCAGUUGAGAAAGACGCAGCAACAUGAAGUAUACUUACAAAGACAGUUAUCAGAUAUUCAGGAACUUGAAGAAACCGGUCAAAGGAAGAUAAGAGAUCUGCAGGAAUGCGAAGAAAAAUCUCAAAGAACGUUAAGGGAGGUGUAUGAGCGCGAAGAAAACUCGCAAAAGCAGCUAAUAGAGAUGCAGAAACGCGAGGAAGUCUUACGAAGGCGGCUAAUUGAGAUGCAUGAACGCGAAGAAAGCAAUGAAAGGGAGUUAAGAGAGAUGCAGCAACGCGUGGUUAAUUUUCAAAGGCAGUUGAGGGAGAUGCAACAACGCGAAGAAAAUUGGCUAGUUGAGUUGGAGGAGAUGGAGAAACGUAAAGCAAGCUCAAGAAGUCAGUUGAAGAGCGUGCAUCAACGCAAAGAUAACUCACAAGGAUACUUGAUGGAGAAUCUACUCCCUGAAGAAAACUUACAGAGGCAGUUGAAUGAAACGCGACAAAGCGAAGAACAUUUGCAAAGACUGUCUAGGGAGAUACAACAACGCGAACAAACGACAGAAAGGCAGUUGCUGGAGAUGCGGCAACGCGAAGAAAACUCACAAAGGCAGCUCAGGGAGAUGCGGCAACGCGAACAAAACUCACAAAGGCAGCUCAGGGAGAUGCGGCAACGCGAACAAAACUCAGAAAGGCAGUUGGGGGAGACGCAGGAACUAUUUGAAAUCUUCCAAGCACAAGCCUCCACCGUAGAAAGACAGCUGCGGGAAAAAGAUCAGGAAGUUAAUGAACUGGUGUUAAGUCUUUCGUUAGCCCAGCACUCAAUAAGUGAACUGCGACGACAAGAAACAUACGAUUGGGCCAUUUCUCGCGAUGAAAUUCAGAUGAAAGAGAAUUGCCUAGGGAGGGGAGGCUGGGGAAGUGUUUAUGAAGGCCUGUAUUGUGGCUGUACUGUAGCCGUAAAGCAAAUUCAUGAUCUAAUUCUCUCCCCUCACAAUGAACGUUAUUUUGAGAGGGAAAUGAAUAUUACAUCCAAAUGCCGCCAUCCCCACUUACUACUGUUCAUCGGCGCCACGAAUGAUGAGGGAACUCCUCUGUUUGUCACCGAGCUGAUGGAAAAAAGUCUGCGAAAGCUGUUGGAGCAGCGGCCACUCUCCAAAACAGAAAUAAGCGUCAUUUCUCUGGAUGUAGCCCGCGCGCUGAACUACCUGCAUUUGAAGAAACCACAUCCAAUCAUUCACCGGGACGUCAGCAGUGCUAAUGUGUUGCUAUGGCGACAGGGUGACCAAUGGAGAGGCAAAGUUUCAGAUUAUGGCACUGCUAAUUUCAUGCAGCAGAUCAUGACAGUGGCUCCUGGAGCUAUGAUUUACAGCGCACCUGAAGCACUUACAUCAAAUCAGACUCCUAAGGUUGGUUAAUUGUUGUCACUGGUUUUAGAUUUCUAAUCUUUCAGUAGUACUGCACGGCCUUAUUGCAGAGGUACAAUUUUGUGGAUUUGGUCCAUUUGUUGAUUCAUUAGUAACUUUUGUCCUUUUACUUUUACCAAGUCCUGCAGACAAAAUUUUGUUUUAGCCUUUUUUCGCGUGAGAGAGAUAUCCUCGAUGUAAAGAACAAGACGCUGGUUUGCCUUUAUCAUUGAACCAGGCGUACUUAUAAGAUCACCCCAAGUGUUAGGAUUAUUUCGAGGAAAGAAAAUUUGCUUUUUUCUAUUAAUUAAAAACAGACACUGGAGCUAAGUACGGAACCCAAUAGGGGUCACAAAGAGUGUAGCUAAAUGUCGUGGGUCGUGGGUAGUGGGUAGAGGUCGUGGGUCGUGGGUGUGGGUCGUGAGUGUGGGUGUGGGUAAAUGUCGUGGGUAAAAAAAGUAAGGAAAAAAUGAUAAAAAGAUAAUAAUAAUAAUAAUAAUAAUAAUAAUAAUAAAUAGAAAAAAUUGUAAAAUAUUUAUAGAACGAAAAUCUCCAACUCCUUGAUUGCCCUUUACGCCACGGCUUCUUCUUCGUCCUCUUCCGGAUAUUUCCUUAGACACGUGGGACUUGGCUCCUCUUUCACACCAUCACUGCCAUACAUGUUGCCGAUGGAAAUUUAUACACACCUGAGCUAUCGCCGCAAAAUAAACGAAACAGACGUAAGUUAUACGUACAAUUUGCAGAAAGUAUGGGAUAAACAGCUGUGACUCGCUGAAUGGAAGUGGCUGCUCACUAUUAAUCUUUAUUCGAUCUACAAUUCCAAUGAUCAGCGAAGAUUUCUUAACACGAUGGAAUGCGAUCACCGUGGGAAAGGGCAGGGAAAAAGGACAAUUUUGAGGUAUUUCAUAUGUUUGCAUAGAAGUCUUUCUUAAAGAAGUUUUAGGCUAGCUAAUAACUUACGAAGGAAGCACCUUCAUGCUCAACCUUUCAAGUUAAGGCGCGGGCAGAAUGUAAAUUUUAUUGCCUUAGGUAAAUAUAAUUUUCUCGAUUUUUUUUUUGUUUUGCGUACAAAAUCUUUGCUGUAAUGAUUCUAAAUAUCAUUCCUUUAACUGAAAGGACGUUUCAGUCACGAAUGUUGACUUUUUUCAGAAAAAGCAGUUCAGUCUCCAGUUUUCUGUAACCUGCUAUAGGUGUACAGAGUUUCUUAUUUUAGUGUCUGUUUGUACUAAAUGAUUUGCUUACUUGCUUUGCUGACCGCGGGAAGCGGAGUAGGACUGGCAUGUACACGGAGAUUUUCGUUUCAUGAAUUUUACAACUUUUUGCCUUUUGAUUUUUUAAUUUAAUUUUUUUUUUGGAAAACUUUUUUUUUCCCACGACAUUUACCCACACCCACACCCACGAACCACACCCACGACCCACGACCUCAACCCACUACCCACGACCCACGACAUUUAGCAACACUCGGUCACAAAUGGUUGCUUCCUACUUGUCGUUUCCCAGUUGUCGCUCCAUUCCAGGGGGACUUCUGGUAUUACAAAAUGGAUGGAUGGCGGGGGGGGGGGGGGGGCGUGCGAAUCACUCAUGGGGGAGGGGGCGGGGGGCUUGGGAGAGGGAAUUUGAAAUUAGACAAAGCCAUGUUCGGAUCUUCUUCGGAAAUCGCCUUUUUUGAAAGUCUCAAGUGGAUCCUACAUCGUUUCGAAUUCUGUAAAUGGCUUUUCGUUGUGGUGAAUAGCUGGAUUAAAUUUAGCCAGAGCAUCAGGCUUUUCUGAGGGGAAACUGAAGGGGAAGAAAGAAGGAAGGCCUGAAGGAGAUCCGAACGUGGCUCCACGAUUUCCGGGGACAUGAUUUAGUAUUACUCAAUAUUUAAGUCUAUUUUCAACUUCCUUCUAACCUCCCCCCACCCCGCCCUUUCGAUAAAGACAAACUCCACCGUCAGAAAAAGACAAUUUUGGGGGCAAGUGACUGAAAGAAGCGAGAGAGUACAAAAUAAGAAUUAAACUUUUAAUUUAGACUUUUCCGAUUAUUGUAAGAGAAAGGCCUCCCCUCCUCCACCCAUAAAAAAACAUGUUAAAAAAAUGGCGGGGGGUCUUUGUUUUCAAGUUUUGGGGUCUUGGGAGGUCUUAGCGCGGUCUUUGUUUUCAAGACACCCGGGUAUGUGUAGCCAGCUUUGACAUAUUCUACGAUAGCCAUCAUCAAAUUGUUUCCUUCUAAAUUUGUAUUUAAAAAAAAAUAAACACUAUAAAUUGUUGCUAGGUUUUAUGUAGCUUUAUGAGACAGAAAAACGGCUUUAACUUACCUGUAACAGUACUAUCUGGAAUAGACGGGAGUGUACAAACUACAAACGGACAUAUAUAGAAAGGAAAUUAACAGCGCGUGCAAGCACGCUAGCUUCGUGAACAUGGCUACCAUGUUCUUUCCCUCUUGUGACAACGUGGAAGCGACAACUCGGAAGCGACAACGUGGAAAACAGUUUUCAAAUGGGAGGAGGAACUUGAAUAUGAACUCGUAUACUUUCAAAGAAAGUAAUAUUAACAUCUUAGCAAUUCGCACGCCCCCCCCCCCCUCCAUUAUUCAUCCGUUUUGUAAUACACCGGUAUAAAUCUAAAAACAAAACUGUAAAUAGUUUAUGUUCGUCUUAAUCUUUUUCAGGUUGAUGUUUAUAGCUUUGGUGUUCUUUUAUGUGAAAUGUGCGUCAGAGAACUUCCAGAUCCUGAAAGGCGUGACGAACAAAUUCUAAUGAUAACCAACCGUGUGAUAAGAGACCUGGUACGACGAUGCCUGCACAGAGAUCCUGAAGCGAGACCAACCAUGCAAGAGGUCAUCGAUGAACUGUCCAGAGCUGUGUAACUUCAACGCUGUCAGUUUUCGCUGCUGAUAGAAUGGGGCAGUGAUGUAUAAAUAUCUAUUCCGGAAAGUCAGGUCGAAUUGUUUAGUACUCCUUUUGAAAGCUGUUAAUACUAAAAAUAACUCGGGUUGAAAUUAUAGAUCUACAACUGUCAGUCGUAUAUUAUGUAAAAUUGGUGUUUUUUGCCAAAUCGGCUUUACACUCAGCGAAGUGUGUGUUUAUUUCACACCAAAAAGAUAGCGAGAUCUCUAUAAAUUCCUAAUGAUGCCCAAAAGCCAUAUGUUUUUUCACAUUUUCCAUCGUUGGUGAAAGUAAUUUGUUGCCUGAGAUGAUUAGCCGUUUUGGGACCAAUACCAAUUGAAGCACUAUUUCUAAGUACUAAACAAAUCCUAAAUUUUCAGAUGUGGUCGUAAGGCUAGUUUCUAAGAAAAAAGCCUUUAAAGGUCUAAUUUCCAGUCCCCUUCAUAGGCGUUCGGUGGCUAUAUUUCGCGUUAUACUGUGCAAUAAAAUGUUUUUAGGAGAUGAAUGAUGAUCUACGUCAUUUUUUGUGAUAAAAAGUUCAGUAGAGACCUUCAGUUGCGAAAAAUGCUCCAAUUUGAAAAAAUCGAUAGUUUUCAUCCGAAACUGUAGUAAGCCAACAGGUUGCCUCCUGCCAGUUGUUCUAUUUAAAAUAUUUGUUUCUAAGUAUUUGAGUGAGUGAAGUGCCUGUAAUUUAGCUAUAUCGGGGCGGGGAUAAUCUAGGUGCACUUUCCACUAUAAAAAAGCCUUUAAACCUUUUUUAAAGCCACCUUAAAUAGGCGCUAGCCAUUUUGGGUGAUCAAACAAAUAACGGGAAAAAAUUUCCGAUAAACUGCGUGGCACUUAGAAAGUACUAACUAAGGGUAUGUUAACAAAAAAUAGAUAGUGAACAAGUGCCGUGUUUUGGCUUGAGUUUUUCUCCAAACGUUUCGGGCC